GCUGCCUCCUGCCAGGGGAGCCAAGAGUUAAAGCCAAACAGCCGCCGCCUCCUCCGGUGCCUGGCGAGGAGUCCGGAGGCUCGCGCGGGGGAGACGGCCAUGGGCCCCGCUCGGGCAGCCGGCAGCAAUAAAGGAGGACCAAGAUGUUUGACUGGUUGGGGUGAAGUGACUUCUCAGAUGGAACAAAAAGAACCACUUGCCUUUGAUCUGCAGAGCCCUGAGAAAAGGGAGACCCUGAGAACCACCUGUACAGAUGACAAAAUCAUGAUGGCAAAUGAGGAGGAGAAUCCUCUGCCCAAGACAAACCCUGAGAAGAGCCUGGACACACACAGAGGCUCCAUCAACUGUCAGAGGCCACCAGGGUGGGAGAACCGGUAUCAAUGCACAGAGUGCCAGAAGAGCUUCAGUGUCCAUUCAGCGCUGGUGAAACAUGAGCGGGUCCACACAGGGGAAAAGCCAUACCAGUGCCACCAGUGCAGCAAGAGCUUCAGUGUGAGCUCCACUCUCAUCACCCACCAGCGCAUCCACACUGGGGAGCGUCCAUACAAGUGCUCCCAGUGUGGCAGGAGCUUCAACCAGAGCUCGCACCUCACCCAGCACCAGAAGAUCCACACAGGGCAAAAACCUUGCACGUGCAUUGCUUCUGUGGAGGGCUCCCCCAACAGCUCAACAUGCAUGAAGCACCCAGGGCUGCAUGCUGGGCUGGGGCCCCACACCUGCCGUGUUUGCAGGAAGAGCUUCAGCCGGAGCUCCACGCUGUAUAACCACCAUGGAGUGCACAGCGGUGAGAAGCGCUACCAGUGCGCCCAGUGUGGCCGGCGCUUUGGCGUCAGCUCUAACCUCAUCCAGCACCAGCGGGUCCAUGCAGAGGAGAGGCCAUUCCGAUGCCUGGAGUGCCGGAGAUGCUUCCACCUCCCUGCCGACCUGGCUGAACACCAGCAGGUGCACCAGGGGGAGAAGCUGCAUGCAUGCCCCAAUUGUGGAAAGGGCUUUGAGCAGGAGGCCCAGCUGGCCAAGCACCAGUGCGUGCAUGCCAGGGAGGAUGCCUACUGCUGCCUGGAGUGCGGGAAGAGUUUCAGCCGCAAGGGCAAUCUGGUGCGGCACCAGGAUGUGCACAGUGGAGAGAAGCCCUUCCGGUGUGGGGACUGUGGGAAGAGCUUCAGCUGGGGCUCAUCCCUGACAGCACCAGCGCGUCCACACUGGAGAGAAGCCAUACCCCUGCCCAGACUGUGGCAAGUGCUUUGGCUUCAGCUUGCAGCUCACCACCCACCGGCGGGUACACAGCGGCUAGCGGCCUUACCACUGCUCUGAGUGCAAAAAAGGCUUUGCUGAUAGCUCAGGGCUCAUCCAGCACCGACGUAUGCACACAGGGGAGAAGCCAUACCAGUGCCUUGAGUGCGGGAAGAGGUUCCGACAGAACUCAGUGCUGACCCAGCAUCUGCGCACACACUCUGGGGACCGCCCCUUUGAGUGCAGCCAGUGUGGUGAGCGCUUCACCCAGAGCUCCACUCUGGCAGCCCACCGGCACCUCCACACUGGUACUGCUCUGGAAAACAAACAGACAAACAAACAUCCUAAAGCACGAUAGUUAAAAGUUAAUAUGCACUGAAUUUUAAACUGAUGGUGGGACUUUUGACCUGGAAUUACCAUUAAAUAUUUUCCAGUAAUUUAAUCUUUACCAUUAAAAUUGGAAGGAAGAA